CAUUUUGUUAUAAGGUAUCAGAAUAAUUGCUCAAAAUGUACCAAGGAUGUAUUGCAUGUGAUAGAUUCUAUAGAUUCUCAACCCUAGAGAAUCUACAGCAGAGGUUCCAACCUGUGUUAUGGGUACUGUUAAUGAAUGUGGCUGAAUUAAUGAUCACCUUUAUGUAAAAAUGUAAAAACCUGGAAGUUUGUGGAUAGUAAUGCAAAUGUUGUUAAUCUUUUUCCUUUUGCGUUUCAGAUUUUUUUUGUAUAUAUUGAAGAUGAAUAUAUGGCUUACAAGUGAAAUAUGGCUUGCAAGUAAAAUACAAAACAUAUGUAACAUUGAGCGGGUACAGUGAUAGACAGUUGAACGUGAAGCCAUAGCAAUGAAAUCAAAUACCCCAAUUGUUAUUUUUAUUUUAUUUUAAUUGUCAGCAGUUGAAAUUAAUACAUUAUAUUGCCCAGUAAAAUUUAACACUACAAUACUUGAGUACAUUGCGUGAUACAACACCAAGUCAAUUUGUUAGUUGCAGCAAAAGUGGUUAAUAAUUCUGAAAUGAACAGCACAUUGAUCAAAUGUAUCAUCACGUAUUACAAUUUAAAUUGUACUACACCACAUUUAUCCUAUACACACGGUUUAGUGGUGCAAGGAGUUUUGUUAUUUUUUAUUAUUUCAACAAUAUUAGGCAAUAUGCUUGUUAUCGCUUCUAUAAUAUAUUUUAAGCAAUUGCAGAGCCACACCAACAGUUUGACGUUAUCGUUGGCUGCAGCAGACCUGCUCGUCGGCUUGGUUGUCAUGCCCUUUAGCAUGAUGCGCACAGUGCAUAGUUGCUGGUUUUAUGGGAAAUUAUUAUGCAAGUUACAUUGUUCAUUGGAUUACAUUUUCUCAACCGUAUCCAUCCUCCACCUAAGCUGCGUAGCGUUUGAUCGUUACGUUGCAAUAUGCGACCCACUGCAUUACACUUCAAGAGUAACCAACAAUACCGUGGCGUUCAUGUUAAUUCUUUGCUGGACUUGUCCAUUGGUAUACUUUGCUCCGUUCUUAUUGAGCUGGAACAUCAUUGGCAUAGAGGAAAUGGUACAGAGUCGUAUCUGUGCAGAUACCUGUGCCAUCGUCAAGAAUGUAUGGUUUGCCUAUGUGGACACAUGCUGCGCGUUUAUAACUCCAAUGGCAAUAAUGAUAACGACGUAUGUCAAGAUCUAUAGGGUGGCACGCAGGCAGGCACGGCAAGUCAGUGCUGCCAGUGUUGCCCUGCAGUUAAACCGGGAUGAGAGGCAGAACCAGUGGGCCCUGAUGAAGCGAGAGCACAACGCUACAAAGACCCUGGGUAUCAUCAUGGGCGGUUUUCUGUUUUUUUGGUUACCAAAUUUUGUAGCGAGUUUAAUUGACCCAGUUAAUGAUUUUCAGACAGAUCCUCUGGUUUGGAAUAUUGUAGUGUGGCUUGGCUACAUUAAUUCUACGAUAAACCCACUUUUGUAUGCGUCAUUUAAUCGCCCGUUCAGAAAAGCUUUUAAGAUCAUGUUUAGUUUGGAAAUUACACAUUUAAGCACAAGAAACAAAGACUUAGACUGACAAUGUGUUAGAUAUUGCUACUUCAUGUGAACGAGGUUCUGUUGUGUUUGUACAGCUGGAAUUAUAUAUUUUCAAAUUAAUCAAACACGUUCACACAUUGAAAUCGAAUAUAAUCUGUCAACCAGUCUUUAGUCUCAUCCACACUGUGUACGAUCACCACACUGCAGCACACAACACUGCUCUGUCUCAUCAUAUUUAUCUAUUCACUUUGCAAUUGCCUUCCAUUGCCUCUUUUCGCAAGAUCUUAUAACCUCGCAUAAUUCAAGAAACAUGUAAACUGUCAUCUAGUAUAACUUUGAUAGUGAUGUUUGUUGCUGGUCACUUGACGCUUUGGGCCUGUUCUCAGCAACGGUGUUAAAAAUAUAUUUUAAAUUGGUCUUUGAGAAGAGAUGCUGGAUGGUCCUCAUAGAGGUCACACAAUUGUGUUUAGAAAUAUGUAAAAUAAAUGUGAACAUUUUACUGUUUUCAACUGAAUUCACGAAUUCUUCGCACAGGAAGUCAAAGCUCGUGAUUUAAAAAUGGUAAAGCAUAAAUACUCCUGCUUACCAUAUUUGUCCCUCCGCAUAAAAAUAAAACAUCCGCUAUAAGACCCUCUGGGAGUGCAUCAUUUCAACAGGAUUGGUUUAACACAAACAUACUCUAAAAAUGAGUUUUGACAUUGUCAUGAAUAAAGCCAGGCUUUCAUUUUGAUUUAAAACUUUCGUGACUGCAGGGAUUUAUAUUCUUGGUUCUUUCGGUAAAGUCACGUA